AUGGUAGCUUGGACGCGUUUCAAGUUGCUCCUGGUCAUGGUCACCACUCUGGUGACCAUGGCUUCCGCCGCGGCCGAGUGCCAAAAUGUCGAGUCGGUCUUUCUUCAGGACCCCCGCACUGGUGAGCAGUACCAGUUUGGUGAAAUCAAUGUUCUGCCUCGUGCCUUGUUCGGUCGUGCUGUCCACGCUGCUGAUCUGAUCACUGUCACGGUUACCCACACCACCUGCGGUCCUGAUGAAGCGACCACGACUCUCACUACCGAUGUUCAUUGCACCACUGGUCCUGAGUCUACUACUCCUGUCCCGGUUCAGGUCACUUCUCCUGCUCCUACUACCUCCUUGACUCCGGUCCCUGUUGCCACUCAGACUUCUGUUCCCAGCGCCCCUCAGGUGUCUACCCAGCCAUCUGCUCCGGCCUCCUCGCAGACUUCUGUGUCCAGUACUCCUCAGGUGACCACCGUGUCAUCUGUGCCUGCCGGUCCUCACAGUUCUGUUCCUGCAACUACUGAUGUGACCACCAAGUCUUCUGCACCCGGUACAACCAAUACUCCUGCGCCCGGCACCACUUUGGUGACCUCGCAGUCUUCUGUUCCCGGAACUGCCGAGACCCCAGCGCCUAGUGCUACUCAGGUUUCCACUGGAAGCGGCUCUGUAACCAACACUGGAUCCUCCACGGUUACUGCCACUGCCACUGAGUCGGUGUCUUCAUCUCGUCCCAAUGCUACCAGUGUGGCUCCUGUUCCUGUCACCACUUCUGAGGACCACACCACUUCUACGAUUCCUGGCACUGUCACCGAGGUGACCACCGAGACGAUCUCUUCGCCUUGCCCUGAAUCCUCCGAAGUCUCUUCUCGUCCUACCAACGUGGUUCCUGUCCCUGGUAGCACUGGCAUUGCUUACACAAACUCGACUGUCUCCCAGACUCCUACCCCUGCGAAUCAUUUGAGUACUGGAUACACUGCAUCUUCUCGCCCCAGCUCAACUGAGCUGGCUCCUGCUCCAGUAACCACUGAAGUCACUAUCACCGUUGAGAUUUCUUGCACUGAGACAACCCGGUGUGUCAGCACCCAGGUUACUACCAGUACCUUGCCACUCUCGGAGACAACUGUUCCGGCUACCGCUCCAGAGGCCACUAUGACCACUGAGUCUCAGCCGACUGUUCCCACUCCUGUUCCCGGUUCCACUGAGCUGGUCACUGUCACGGUCGACAUCCCUUGCACUGAGACCACCAAAUGCAUCAGUACCACGGUGUAUACCACCACCCCUACGGAGACUACCACCGUCUCUGUGACUCCAAUUCCGGCUACAGUUACUGUUCCGCUGACCACCACUGAAAUGGUUACCACUGUUAUCCAGCCCACUGUCCCUGGUGGCGUUCCACAGGAGACCACUCAGGUUGUGACUACAGUGAUCCAGCCAACUGUUCCUGCUCCUGUUCCACUGACCACUACUGAAGUGGUGACCACUGUUGUCCAGCCAACUGCCCCUGGUGGCGUUCCACAGGAGACAACCCAGGUUGUUACUACAGUGAUCCAGCCAACUGUUCCUGCUCCAGUUCCGCAGGCUCCCACCCAUGAGGUUACUACCGAGGUUAAUCCGACUGAGUUGGUCCCGCUUCCCCACGCUAGCACUGUCGAGGCUACUACUCUGGUCAAGGUUCCUGCUCCUGCUACUCAGCAGAGUACCACAACCGAGUCCCAGGUUUCGGUGCCUCCACAGCAGCCUACCCACACUCAGAAGGAUACUGCCCCGCCGGUUCCUCAGGGUACUUUUUCCAGUGGCACUCACGCCCCUUCUCCUGUUUUCAACGGUGCCGAGGCCCCUGGCGCCAACUGCCAUCUCUUUACCAUGAGCAUUUUGAUUAUGCUCUCUCACUUGAUUCAUUUGAUUCAGUGA